AUGGCAUCGCCCUCUGCGGCCCCCAAAGGCGCGCCGCCCGCCCCCGUCGACGCCGUCCUCCGCAACACGCUCCGGUAUACCAUUUCGGCGCGCGAAUAUGCCACGCUGCACAGGUACAUCAUUUCGCGGUCCAGGACGCUGCGCCGGGCAGCGCCCACGCCUGCGUCGGUGGACAAGGCGCUGCAGCCGCAGAGGAAGGGCGGCGACGACUACAACGCCGCGGCUGUGCGGCACGCGCUGAGGGUGUUUGUCGCGACCAUGGUUGGCAUGAAGGGCUGGGAGGCCAUUUCCCGCCGCAUGGAUCCGAGUGCCCGUGACAAGGGCCCAAAGCAGCCGCUGCUCAAGUCUCCGGCCCUGAGACUCUCCGUCUCCCUCUCGUCCAUACUGCUCCUGUACCGCUUUCUCUUCCGCUUCCUCUCGCGGCUGCGGGCUCACCUCCUGGACCCGCAGGUCGAGCCGUUUCGCCGACGGAACCCGCGCACUGCGGCGGCGCUCACGUCGCCGUAUGCGCCGGCCAUUGGCGCCUCGCUCGCCGGCGUUGCGCUGGGCGUGUAUCCCUCGCAGCAGCUGCGCGUCUCCAUCGCCAUCUACGCCAUGUUCCGCGCGCUCGAGUUUGGCUGGAACGUCUGCGAGAGCGAGGGCCUCGUCUGGGGCGUCCGGGGGGGCAAGAAGCGCGAGCGGCCGUGGUGGUUUGGAAGCUGGAUGCUUCAACCGCUGGCGUUUGGCCAGCUGCUGCACGCCGUCGUGUUUGACCGGGACUGUUUCCCUGCCGCGUACGGCAAGUUCAUCUUCAAAAACUCGGACGGAUACCUGCACGCGCGCCCCGAGGGCUACUCGGGCACCGCAAAAUGGCCCUCGACGACAGACGUGGUCGAGAGCCUCUCCCGCAUGGCCAGGCUCAACUGGCCGGCGUACAUAUCGCCCACCAUGUUCCCGACCAAGGAGGUGCUCCCGCCCGGCCUCGAGGCCAUAUCGCCGCUGACGAGCCAGGCGCACCCGCUCAUCACGUCGCUCUCGUGCGCGACGCUGCACCCCUCGGACCCGUCGUGCACCCGCACCCUCCUCACCUUUUGGCUCGGCUCGUUCCCCCCGAUGGCGCGCUUCUUCCUCGUCGUCUGCUCGGCCCUCACCAUCGUCCCGCGCUUCAAGGCCCUGUACCACUUCCCCGUGACCACGAUCCGCAAGAUCGUCGCCAGCGCCCUCCGCAUGUCCGCCUUCGCCACGGGCGCCAUCUCCACCGCCUGGGCGUCCAUCUGCUUCUUCCAGACGUACCUGCCGCGCCGGGUGCUGGCCACGCAGCGCUUCUUCCUCGGCGGCUUCUUCGCGGGGCUGUGGGCGUGGGUCGAGCGCCGCCACGGCCGGGGCGUCUUCCUGUACAGCGCGCGCGCGAGCGUCGACAGCCUGUGGAAGGUGGGCGUCAAGAGGAGGUGGUGGAAGGCCAUGAAGGGCGGUGACGUGUGGGUGUUUGUCCUGGCCUUGAUGGUGACGGGCGUCGUGUACGAGAGGGACGCCCGGGCCCUCCGCGAGAAGGAGUGGAGGAAGGGCGUCAGCUGGAUCAGGGGCGAGGGCUGGCGCGAUUGGGCUAUUGAUGACGAUGAGGAUGCCGACGAGGCCAACGACAAGAAGAUGGAGUGA